UCCGUAGUAGGCGGGGCGUGACGUAGCCUGGACGACGAUGAUUGGCCAGCGUAGCCAGGAGCUCGUCACUACUAUUGACAACAAGACGUCAAUAAACCUGACAUGGAUGAACGUUGGCAUCAUUUGACUUCUGACGGCUCCGGCAACUUAUAAUUAAUUGGGUUGUAGGUGUCUUCAACGCGAUGUCAAACUCGGGAGGUCGGAGACUGAAGCAGUGGCUGGUGGAGCAGAUCCAGAGUACGCACUACUCCGGACUCCUUUGGGAGGAUGAAAGUCACACCAUGUUCCGAAUUCCAUGGAAGCACGCUGGGAAACAAGAUUACAACCAAGAAGUAGACGCAUCCAUCUUUAAGGCAUGGGCCGUGUUUAAAGGCAAAUUUAAGGAUGGUGACAAGGCAGAACCAGCGACUUGGAAGACCAGGCUGCGUUGUGCCCUCAAUAAAAGUCCUGACUUUGAGGAGGUGACAGAAAAGUCUCAGCUUGACAUCUCUGAGCCAUACAAAGUCUACCGAAUCGUACCUGAGGACGAGCAGAAACAUGGAAGAAGCUCUGUGAUGUUGGCAUUGGCUUCCAGCAGCAGCUCUGGCGACAUGAUCGACAUGGACUGCAGCCCUGCAGACAUCGAGGGGCUCAUUAAAGAUGAGGAAGGCUGCAGGUUUCAGGCCAGCCCAGAGUACUGGCCCCAGACUAGUGUAGGCGCUUUCUCUCUGCAUCAGGACCCAUUACCCUCUGGCACGCUCAGCUCAGCCUUCUCCCAGAUGAUGAUCUACUUCUACUAUGGAGGCAAGCUGAUGAGCAACACGCUGGUAACGCAUCCCGAAGGCUGUCGCAUCUCGCCUUGCCAGCAGCACCCGGGCCGCGGCGCCCCCUACAGCUCAGACAGCAUGCAGAGCGUUUAUUUCCCGCCGCCGGGGCUCAUCGAGUACGAACGCCAGCGCCACGUGACCCACAAGCUCCUGGGCCACUUGGAGCGAGGACUGCUGCUGCGGGCCAACCAGGAGGGCAUCUUCAUCAAGAGAUUGUGCCAGAGCAGAGUGUUCUGGAGCGGAAUGGCCGACGCGGGCUUGCAUUACAGCUCCGUGCCUUGUAAACUGGAGAGGGAUGCGGUGGUGAAGAUUUUCGACACUGGGAGGUUCCUUCAAGCACUGCAGCAGCACCAGGACGGUCAGAUUCCCGCUCCCGAUCCGACUGUGACUUUGUGCUUUGGGGAGGAGCUUCAUGACCUCAACACCGCCAAGAACAAGCUGAUCGUUGUGCAGAUCACGGUGGUGAAGUGCCAACAGCUGCUGGAGGCCGUCAACUCGCGGCGCGCUCAGACUUACUGCGCCAACAUGGAGCUGUGUGAGGACUUCUCGGCGGAGCAGAUGGCACGCCUUUACCAGGACCUGUGCAGCUACGGCAGUCCUCAAAGGUCCGGCUGCUACAGAGAAAACGUGCCCAUCUCCGCCUGAGCGUGCAGGAGAGCAACGUGAAACUCUUCGUUUUGGUGUGCGUGACGCUCAGCUUCGUCACAAUGUCUGAGUUAAGUGUAUGCAAGACAGUAGCCAUCUUUGUCAGUCCGUUGUAAUAAUGCACUGAAACAAGCAAAAUAUUAGGCACACUCUACUGCUGAAUCAAAAGAUGAUAUUGUUUUGUCUGACACUGUCACAUGAACUUUGCAGUAUUGCUGUAUAUUAUUGUACCUUGCAGUGGUGUUCAACCUGAUUUAAUCCACCAACAGAUCUAUUUUUGAAUUUUUUUGUAACGCAAAUCUACACGUUUCUUUUUUUAUAUCGUACUCACUGUGCAUUGAAUGUGAGAUAGAAAAUCUCUGUUUUUUAAUGUCGUUUUGUAAAAAUAUUAAUGUAAGUUUAUAGGCUUUUAUAUGACAGAUAGGUUUUACUAUCAUCUUUUUAAACCUUUUCAAAUGUUUUAAUCACUCCAUUAAUAAAAAAAAAAUCAGAUUC